AUUUUUAAGAUUUUAAAAGAAAUUCUAUUAAAGAAAACCAAAAUAAGAUAAUAUAUAAACAUGUCUGCUAGAUGCUGUUCACCUUAAGCAAAAUAUCUUGAGAAAAUUUCAUUUCAUUCAGUUGCCAAACCUUUUAAUCAACACAUACGAGUGCACAAUAUUUCUAAAAUACGAAAUUUUAAAAAACCGAACAUUAAAAUAACAAAAUUAUUAAGCUAGAAAAAGAAAUCAUUUAAAUUUUUUUAUAAUAAUAAUAAAAUAAUAAAGUACAAAUGACACUUGCGAGAAGGUAUAGCGAUAUUGACCUUGAAUUCAGUCGCCCGUGCUAUUAUCCACCAUACGAUUUUCAUUUGUAUCCCUACCUUUGGGAUGAUCCGCGUCUGUUGUGGCCCUCUAGUUCGCUGAUCAAUCCAAUGGAUGAGUUAGUAACGCGUCGUGUUCGCAAUCAAUACAUUCAAAAUCAUCUGCUGGACUGGUCGUAUCCCCUUGUCUGGGAUAAUUUAUACAAAGGUGAAAGGGUGCGCAUUGAUGAAAAGGGCUUUCAGGUGAACAUCGAUGUCAGUCAAUUUAGGCCUCAUGAGAUUGAGGUGAAGACAAACGAUGAUUACAUCAUUGUGGAGGGUAAGCAUGGCAAACGUGUUGACGGUGGCAACAGCUAUGUGGAACGUCGCUUUCUACGCAAAUAUCUUUUGCCCAGAGGCUUUAAUCCCAAUGACGUUGUUUCGGAUUUAUCCGUAAAUGGUUAUUUGACUGUCAGAGUUCCACCACCGCCCCCACCUAAAAAAACAUUCAGUUCAAUUGAACGUCCAGUUAAAGUCUAUGAAACGGGCAAAUAUGCCAUACCUUGGAAAUAAUUAAUCACUCGGCAUGAAUGUAUUGUUGGGGAGAGGGAAGGAAUCACAAAAGAUGUAGUAAAAAUGAUUAGAGAAUAUUCUAUUGGCAGCAGCAGCAUUGGUGAAAUCAGUGAAUAAUGAAAAGUGCAAGUGAAUGUGGAUGUGUAAUUAAAUUAGCAUUAACCUUGGUGUCUUCCGUUGGGUCUUUAACGGCCAAAUAAUAACUUAUAUAUAAAGUGGAACAUGUAAACUACAAUUUCAAAAAAUAAAAAUUAUUCGAUUUUGUAAAAUAAAUAAAAUAAUUAAAAUAAAUAUAUCGAAAACUUUUGUUAUACCAA